CUCACCAAGCCCCGCCCCCUCCCGCUCCGUGCGGUUGAGGUGCGGAAUCCCCGGGGAUAACGGUCGCUGUCGCUCGGUGAAGAGACGGAAAAGCUGGGCCCGGGGCCGGCGAUUUUGGUGCUGUCUGCAGACUCUCCCUCUCCAGGCACAGUGUGGUCAGUGUCAGUUCCAGCAGAAUUGGAGAAGAGAGUGAUUGGGAUUCUGUUGAGUCGUUUCUAAUAACAUACCAUUUUUGUAAUCUCUGCCUGUUCCUUGAGAACACUUGAUGUUACAUCGAAUCCACUGGGUGUUCACAGUGACAUGAAGAUUUAUUUUGUCUUUGUACUUCUUUUUACACAGCUUCACCUGAGUGAAUCAAAAGUUCCAGAAGAAUCCGUCAUUUUAGCUGCUGCAGGAAGUGAUGUUACAUUCCCUGGACCAGAACAUCCUGAAACUUAUACAAGAUCAGUUUGGAUUUUUUAUAAUCACAUAAUAUCAGACGUUGUUUCAUUUAGCAAAGUAUCUGAACCCCGUAUUCAAAUCAGAAAGAAGUACAAAAGUCGAAUUCAGCCUAAUGCAACAACUUUGACCCUUGUCCUGCAGAAUGUAGAGGAAUCCGAUACUGGUAUCUACAAAUUAUUUAGCCGCCAGCAUGUUCGCACCAUAAGUGAAGUGACUCUUCAUGUGUACAAACUGCUUGGUGAAUCUCGCAUAUCCAGCAAUUCCAGCCAGGAAAACAGUACAAUUGCAUUGACCUGUGCAGUAUCAGGGAAAGUUGAGUCUGUCAUGUGGCUUGCAAUAACGGACUCUGCUGCUAAAAACCGAUACACAUUGAUCUAUGAUAACACGACUUUGGUCAUCCAAAAUGCACAGAAAUCAGACUCUGGAAUAUAUGGUUGUUUCAUACGAAACCCGUUCAGUAAAUCCAGCGCCUUCUACGAGCUGACAGUCAAAUGCAAAAGAUGCUGAUUCGAUUGACACAAAUAUAUUCAUUAUCCAGCCUUACUGUUCUCACUGGAUUGACGCUAACCUACACAUUGUACAGGCUUAGGCAUUACAAUGGAUUGACACUGAUGUAUUCAUUGUACAGACGUAGUCGUGGAUUGACAGUAAUGUGUUCACAGCCUGUCAUUACAGUGCUCACUGGAUUGACACUAAUAUACUUUCUGUACCGCUUUACCAUGUUCAGUGGUUUGAAACUAAUGGAUUUACUGUACAGAUGUUUUGUUCUCAAUGGAUUGACAUGAAUGUAUUCGCAGAACAGCCUUGCUUUUCUCACUGAAUUCAGAAAAAUGUAUUGUUUGUACAGCUUUACUAUGUUCAUUUGAGUGACAUACUACACUCACUGUACAGCCUUGAUGUGUUUGCUGGAUUGACGCAACAGGCAGUCCUUGAAUACAAAUAGCUUCUGUUUUCAAGUUGUUUUGUACGCUGUAAAUUAGUCAGAACAUAAUGCAGGACAAUAUAAAAUAACCAUUCACAAGUACAGGCAUCUUUUACAUGCAAGAUCUAUGACAUUGUUGCGAUUACAGAGGCAUGGCUGAAAGAGGGACAGAGCUGGCAAGUGAAAGUCCCAGAGUUUAGAUGUUCAGGUGUGAUAUAAAGGGAGAUAAAAGGCAUGGGGAAGUUGCAUUACUGAUAAAGCAAUAUCUGACAGCUGUACUGAGGAAGUAUAUAUUAGAGGGCUCGUGUUUCGAGGCAAUAUGGGUACGACUCAGGAAUAGGAAAGGUGAAAUCACAAUGCUCUAGUUACACUACAGGUCUCCCAACUGCCAGAGGAUAGAGGAAAGAAUAUGUAGACAGAUUUUGAAAAGAUGGAAAAACAGCAGGGUUGUCGUUGUGGGUGAUUUUAACUUCCCCUAUAUUGACUGAGGCUGAGAUGUGGCAGAAUUAGUAAGGACCAUUCAGGAGGGAUUCUUGACACAGUAUGUAAACAGUCCAACUAGGGAAAGAGAUAUAUUGGACCUGCGUUUGGGAAAUGAGACGGCUAGGUGAGUGAAGUUUCAGUGGGGGAGCAUGUUGGGAGUAGUGACCAUAAUACCGUGAGUUUUAAGAUACUCAUGGACACGGGUUGGGAGAAUGGGAGCUAUAGCAAUAAUAGGCAGCAAUAAGAGAACUUUGUUUGGAGGCAGCUUUUUGAAGGUAAAUCUACAUUCAGACAUGUGGGAGUAUUUCAAAUGGCAGUUAAUAAGAGUUCAGGGGAGGCACAUACCUGCGAGAAUGAGAGAUUGGUAUGGCAAGUUAUGUGAACCUUGGAUGACCAGGAAUGCUAUGACCCUUAGUCAGAACAAAAAGGAAGUAAACAUAAGGUCUAAGAGGAUGGGUGCUGACAAAACCCUUGAAGUACAUAAGGAAAUAGGAAAGAACUUAAACAAAGAAUUAGAAAGGCUAAAGAGGGUCAUGAAAAGUUGUUAGCAAACAGGAUCAAGGAGAAUCCCAGGUCUUUUCAUACAUAUAUAAAAAGCAAGCUGGUAGCCAGGGAAAGGGUUGCUCCACUCAGAGACAAAGGAGAAAAUCUGUGGCACCAGAAGAGGAAGAUGAAGUCCUAAGCAAAUACUUUGUGUCGGUAUUCAGCAAAGAAAAGGAAUUAGUGGAGGACGAUCUCAGAGAAGGAAGUGUUGAGCUUCUAAGUUAAAAAAGAAGAGAUGGUUUGCAUCUUAAAAAGUAUUAAGGUACAUAAAUUCCCUGGCCCUGAUGGGAUUGAUCCCAGAAUAUUGAAGGAGGCAAUAGAACAAUUGCUGGAGCAUUGACAGACAUCUUUGUGUCCUCUUUGGCCACAGAUGAGGUCCCAAAGGACUAGUGCAUAGCCAAUGUUGCCCCAAUGUUAAGACGGGGUAGUAGGGAUUAUCCUGCAAAUUGCAGGCCUGUGAGCCUCACAUCAGUGUUGGGAAAUUCUUGGAAGUGAUUCUCAGGAACAAGAUCUAUAUGCAUUUGGAAGCAAAUGGAAUUGUUAGUGAUAGAAAGCAUGGUUUUGUGUGGGAGAGGUCAUGCCUCACUAACUUCAUCGAGUUUUUCUGAAGAGGUGACGAAGAUGAUUGAUGAGGGUAAAGUGGUUUAUGUUGUCUGCAUGGGUUUUGGUAAAGGCUUUGACAAGUUCCCUCAUGAUAAACUGAUACAAAAGAAUCACAUGGUGCCAGGGGUGAGCUGGCAAGAUCAAUACAGAACUGACUUAGUCAUAGGAGGCAGAGGGUAGCGGUGGAAGGAUGUUUUUUUUGGCAUGGAGGGCUGUACUAGUGGUGUUCCACAGGGAUCAGUGCUGGACCUCUGCUGUUCGUGAUCCACAAAAAUGAUUUGGAGGAAAAUGUAGCUGGUCUAAUGCGUAAGUUUGCGGAUGAUACAAAGAUUGGUGGAGUUACACAUCGUGAGGAGGAUUGUCAGAGAAUACAGCAGGAUUGGAGGCUGAGACAGCAAAAUGACAAAUGUGAGGUAAUGCAUUUUGGAAGGUCAAGUACAAAUGGAACUUAUACAGUGAAUGGCAGCAGCCUGAGAACUACUGAUAUGCAGAGGGAUCUGAGUGUUCAAGUCCACACAUCUCUGAAGGUGACAGUGUAGGUUGAUAAAGUAGUAAUGUAGCUUAUGGCAUGUUUGCCUUCGUUGAAAGGGGUAUAGAGUAUAACGAUAGACAAGUUAUGCUGCUGCUUUAUAGAACUUUAGUUAGGCUGUACUUGGAAUAUUAUGAUGAUGUGGAGAUGCCAGUGCUGGACUGGGGUGAACAAGGUCAGAAAUCACACUACACUAGGUUAUAGUCCAGAGAUUUAUUUGAAAACACAAGCUUUUUGCUGUACUGUUCUAUGUUCUUUUGGGGCUUCAGUCCUUCUUCAGGUGUUAAGGAGAGAGGUAGUAUCAGACACUGAAUUUAUAAGUAAAUGAUCAAAGGUUCACUCCAUUGAUGAGGAUGUACUAAACAUACCUAAAAUGCUGUUAAAUCUUUACUCAGUUAGAAAGGUUUAAUUGAUUAAUAUGUGUAUGUAAUUCCCUGAAUUCCUUUCAAGUCACUGUCCUGAGACAACUAAAGGUUUUAUCAUUUUAAAGAAAAGGUGACGUUUUAGGUCAGACAAUGCAUGUUACACGUGAGACCUUGUUUAGAUUUUGUUUGUGUUUUAGUUUGGAGUCAGAAUGAUUUUAUUUCUAAGGUGGGAAUUUAUAAAACACCAUAUUGACUGACUGGCUGUAAGUUGUGUUUUAUUAACAAAAUAAAAUGUAUAUGCAAAUACAAA